GACGGUGGCCGUCCUUAAGCUACAUCAACUCCAACAUAGGUUGUUCACUACACGCAUGUAGGCUAAAGCUCUACUUGCACGCCCUCUUGUAGUAGCUUUCGAACUCCUUCAAUAUAACCUUCUGAAGUAUACUUGCGGUUUUACCGGAACAUUUCCUGGGGAGGAACGCCUGUGCCCAGGCUAGCGGUCUUUAGGGAUGGACAAUUACCAGCUCGACCCGCGUUGGAAUAGGCAGCCACAACAACAUCAAGCGCAAGCACAGCUGCAGGGUGGUCUCUCGACACAUCAGGGUGCCACUCGGACUGCCUCGUUCAUAGGAAGGGAGAACUCAUUUAGACGCCCUCCCAGUCACCAAGACAGUUUUCGCAAUGACUCUAGCUCUAUGUCCAUCGUGUUUAGUGCGAGCUGGGUGAAAAUCCUCAAUCCGAUUGGCGAAGGAGCCUUUUCGCGCGUGUAUGAGGGAAUUUACACAAACCCUGACACGCUAGAGGAGAGCGUAGUCGCGGUCAAAAUCCUAAAGAAGAAUAUGUUGAAGCGGCGAUCAGAUUGCUUGCGUUUCAUCAAGGAGGCAAAAAUUAUGACCAAGAUUUGCCACAGGAACAUCGUGGCAUGUUACGGCAUCGGCAAGUAUGACGAUGAGGACGAGCAGAACCCCGGGUCGCUGUUCAUCGUGCAGGAGCUGGUGCGGGGAGGAAACCUGCUGCACAAGGUCUACAAGCAGAUGCUCAACCGCCACAAGUGCGUCUACACCUCCGCGGAGGCCCUGGAGUGGCUGUGUGACGUGGCGGCGGGCAUGGAGUACCUGCACUCCAGCUCCGACAUCAAGCCCAUGAUCAUCCACCGCGACCUGAAGCUGGAGAACAUCAUGUUGAUGCCCUGCGAGGAGGUGCCCAGCGGCACGGUGGCCAAGCUGGUGGACUUUGGGCUGCACAAGGUGAUUGACGACCGCAUCAAGAAGGUGGUCAAGCGCGUCAUGUCGGAGGCCAACAUGGGGGGUGGCGGGCUGCUGGCGCGGCGCCUGGGUCACCAGCAGGCGGCGGAUGCGGAGCUGCCGGGGGAGGAGGAGGACGAGCUGGAGGCGGCCCUGGCGGCGCAGCGCAGGGAGCAGCAGGCGG